CACGUGUCCACGAGGUUUAAAAGUUGGCGGCGAGCGGGGCGGUCAGUUCAGCGGCCGAGCCCCCGCGAGCGGCGCUGCAGGGACGCAGAGGCGAGGCCAGGACACCGACCCCGCGUGGGGCAGCGCACGUCGCGAUCCCCGAGCCGUCCGUCCGCGGGCACCGAGAUGCCGCCGGCAGCGAAGCGCCUCCCCGGGACGCCCCCCGGACCAGGGGCCACGGCGCCCCCGCUCCUGGCGCUGCUGCUGCUGCUGGCCUGCUGGGCGGGCGCCUGCCGAGGUGCUCCAAUUUUACUUCAAGAAUUACAGCCUGAAGAAGAGUUACAAUUGUGGAAUGAGAUAGAGGCUGCUUGUUCAUCUUUCCUGCCCAGUGGUUCUCAGCCUCAGGCAUCCGAUGCAUUGAAGGAGCUUUGCUUCACAAUUAUGGGGACUCUACCAAAGCCCCAGAAAACAGAUGAAAAAGUUAAUAACAAAAGGUUCUUAUUUCAUUAUUCGAAGACAGGGAAGUUGGGGAACUCAAAUGUUGUGUCGUCUGUCGUGCAUCCGUUGCUGCAGCUCGUUCCUCAACUGCAUGAGAGAAGAAUGAAGAGAUUCAAAUUGAACGGAGAAUUUCAAGGUCCUAUUGCAAGCCAUAAUCGAAGAUACUUUUUAUUCAGGCCACGCAAUGGAAAAAGAUCAGAAGAUUACAUUUAAAAUGAAUACCAACUAUUUUCCAUAGAAGCAAUGCCAUGGAAUACAAAAUAUACUGGUAUUUUGUGUGCUUUCUUUUCUCAAAAGCAAUCCUUGCUAAGUUUAACAUGUUUGAGAAUAUCUGUGUUGUAAACAUUCUCAGUAAAAGUCUGUUGAGAUUAUAAA